UCCGGGCCGUGCUUGCGACAGCGCCGUAAAGCGGCGAGCGAUGGCGGCCGCCAGAGCGCUGUGGGGGGGCGGCUGUGGCUGCCGCUACCGCCGUCUCCUCCUCUCUCCCUCCUCCUCCCUCUCCUCCUCCUCAGCCGGCGGCGGCCUUGGGGCUGAGCGCAGGGAGCGGCAGGAGAGCGCGGGCCUGGGUUUCAGCCCCCCCGCACACUCCCGCAGUGACUGGAUCGGGCCCCCGGACAAGCACUCCAACCUGCGCCCCGUCAUCUUCUAUGUGCCCCCUGAGGAGUCACCGCUGGAGCGGCGGCUGCGGGAGGCCCGGCAGGAGGCCCAGGCCUGUGACCAGUGCUUCUGGGCACGCCACAACCGUGCCUUCCACCAGGAAAAAGAAGAAUUUAUUUAUUCAAGACUGAAAGCCAAGGGUCUGGAAAUGAGAGAUGAAACAGGUAAAAAAGCAACACUGAAUGCAGAAGAAAUGGCUGACUUUUACAAGGACUUUCUCAGUAAAAAUUUCAUAAAGCAUAUGCAGUAUAACAGAGAUUGGUAUAAACGUAACUUUACUAUCACAUUCCUCAUGGGACAAGUGGCAUUGGUGAAAGCUCUGAGGUGGCUUCGUUGGAAAAAGAAAAAUGUUGGAAGUUCAUGAUCACAGCUUCAUGAGGAAUGCAACACUAGCUAGGCCUGCUAUAAAUUUGGUGUUCAUAGUGAUGUUCAGAAUCUGAAGGACUAAUGUAAUAACUGUUUGAAUCUGGUUUUUAAAUUAUGUAAAUAAAAGUUGCUGUUGGUCUUAAUUUAUAAUAAUGAUGUAGGUUUCCUUUGUUUUAUUCAAACUAUAUCUAAAAUAUUUGUAAACAGAAACACUACUGAGAAAGCUAUUAAAAACUGUUCCUCUUACAUUUUAUGGAAAGGAUUGUAACUCAUGUUUUUACCACAGUCACAUCUCCUGUGUAAUGCAUGAUCCUGUAUGCUGCACCUGAACUCAGGUCAGAGAAUGAUGUCCCCACUGACCAUAUUAGUAUAUAACAACAAAAAUACCUCCUGUUGUGCCAGUUGUCUCUGAGGCAGCAGUAAACCACAAGUAAUACAACGUGGGCUGAAAGGACAAGUAUGAUUUGUGAAUGUAUAUGUGAUUAAUUUAGAAUAAUUCUCUUUUCAGUGUGAUUUUUUUUCCUAUUUUUUAUAAAGAUUUAAUAUAUGAUUUCAUAUGAAUUACCAAUACAAUCAGUUCUUCCUAGAUAAUUUUGUUUUAAUUUUUAAAAACAUGCACCCCUGGGAUAGGAGUUCCUCUAACCUACGAUUGGUAAAGAUUUUGGUUGCUGAGCAAGAGAUGCAUUGCCAGUCAUUUCAUCUUGAUAGAAAAAGAAACUGAUACUUGGUUGUAUGGAGGAAAACACUACUACUAAUAAGCUCUGCUUUCUACUGGUUCAUUUCUUUCAAAAAAUGUGCUGUUCUCACCAGUUUCUCUGAGACGUUAGAAAGAACUUGCCUCAGGGCUUUUUUUCUCACUUCAGGGUACGUAACAUCAAUUGGAAGCAGCUGCGUUUAAACAAAAUCUUAAUUUUAUGCUAUGUGUCUGUAAUUUAAAAGAAGUCUCAUUCCUCAUAAUAUUCUCCCUGUCCAUUUAUACAGUUAAAUGAUUUGUUUGAUACAGCACCUACAAAGAGAAUUCUGGUAAAAAGAAUGUAUGUUGUUAAAUGAAGCGUGCUUUCCUAAAGCUAUGCUGUAGGGAAGGUUCUACUUUUGGAAAUGUCACCUCAGUAGCCAUUGACCUGUUUUUCAUCUCUAAAUGUGAUAUGAUUUAUUCACAGGCUUUUUCAGCUGGAGCAGAAAGGGCUUUGUCAGUAUCAACUGUAAUAAUUCCUUUGCAAGAUUAAAUAAAUAUUAAUGAUACGGUAGCAGACUGCACUGUUUUAUACAAUGAUGGUAUCAUCAGGGCUAAAACUAUCACUGAAUUGUGGUUGUAACCUGUGUUACUAAAUGAAAACAGACAUGAAUAGUGCUUGCUGAGGCGAUACCCAACACUUCUAGGAAAAUAUUAUUUAUGAAUGUUACUGAAUCAGUAUUGUGAAAGGUAUAAAUAUACUAAAAAGCUACAACAUGCAGUGUUUCUUUAGGAAAAUAAUUUUUUUUAAUGGACUGCUGUGGGUAUGUGAAAUAAUUCUUCAGGGCUUUACAGUAAAUCAUCUUACAAAUGCAAGCUAUGACCACAAUGUGAAUGCACACUUUAAGAAAUAGUUCCAAGGUAACAAUAGGAUUGAAUUAUAUAUGAAAAUAUCCCCAAGAGGCAGGGACCAGAGCCCCAGUGGUUGAUAGCUGUAUGUCCUGACAGGCUGUGCACAAGAGCCCCGAGGUAGUUUUACAUAUGCUUUAAGAGGGUAAAGGUCAAUCAGAAGAUGCAUUUUCAUCUUCUGAGCUGCCCACAUUUAUUAACACAGACAUUUUUGUGUUUGCCUGCUGAACCAGAUGAGGAAAUUGAUUCACUACCAGAACUCACCCAAGGAAAAAAAGUUAAGAUGUCAGUUGAAUUAAUAUGCUUCAUCAUGAAGUUAUCAGUGUGCUACUGCUGGCAUAGGGGGGAGGUGUAGGAAUUCAGAUGGAAGGUUUAGAUUGUGCUUCAGUCAAUUCACAGUUAAAACUGUUUUCUGAACAUCUAAUUUUAAUGUUGGUCACCCAAACCCAAUAUAAUCAGCAUAUGCUGAUUAUCAUGCCAGGAUUCUGCUCUGAGCUGCUUGUGAAUAAAAUUCAUGCCUUUAUGGUAUUGUCUUCAUUAAGAUUCUGUCUGGAAUGCUGGGUCUCUUCAUCUGAAGCCUAUUGAAGGAGUGAGGUAUUUAUCUACUAGGUAAGUGUUGAGUUCUGAUUUACAGUAUUUAAUAAAGCCACUGUGAAAAGAUGUUACUAAAAAUAAUCCAUCUGAAAUUUUGGGUCUCAUUACCAAAACCACCUACAUUUACUGAGAUAAUUAUGUUUUCUGAAAAGCCAAAAGUCAUAUCAUUUUUGCCAGUGUUGCAGUACUUCUGAUAUUUUUUUCUUGACUCAGAGGAAUUGUGAUAAUCCCAGCUGCUUUCAGAUACUAUUGAUCAUAAAUCCUUUAUACAUCAAAGGAAGAGUAAGAAGCUGCCACAGACUGCUAAAAAUAAAUUUUGUAUGUAUACAAAGGCCUGCUACAGUAACUGAAGCUGGUGAAGUACAUCAAAGAGUGACUUUUCUGUGCACAUUUUCUGAGUAUAGGAAAAGCAUAGAGGAGUGUUCUUAUCAUUUAGGCAUUUAGCUAAUCCUGUCAGAAGGAACAGCAAUAUUUCAUAUUCAGCAGUGUCAGCAUGGGCCUUUUAAAUCUGUCUCAUGCACUCAGUAAGUGCAUAAUAAAGCAGAAGUAUCUUGGAACUAUUAAAAUAAUUUUAGAUAGCUUGUAUUGACUGGGGGUGUUUCUGGCAGUCUGUGUGGGAUUGUGCUCUUCACUCAAUUUCUCUAGUGGAGCAUUAAUUUCAGUAGAAUAUUGAGAGGAGUGAGAGGAAGUGUCAAAUGGGGACUGAGAGGCAAACCAACUAAAGAUUGGUUUGAAGUGAUUGUGGCAUCCUUACAUAUGAUUAAUAAGGAACUGUACAUUUCUCAAUUUCAUUAUGAGUUUUUAAAGUGAUAGAAACAACUCAUGGGGAGAUUGCUUCUGUGUUUUAUUGAAUAUUCUUGGGGAUAAAAUUAAAAUCUGGAUGAAAACUCAGAAUUGUUAUUUACAAGCUGACCCUUCCUGACCUCAUUUUAAGGAGACUGUUCUUUUUGCAGUUUUUAACUUCCAUUAUCACUAAGCAAGAUUGACAUCCUACAGAGUAAUCAGAUUUAGCCAGACAAGAACUUAAUUUGCAUCCUGUGCAGAGCCCAAGGGCCAAUCUUUUGCAUAAUGAGUGGGGACUGAAAUGUUUUCAGGAAAGGAUAAUAUAUGCCUGGGACUGUAAUAUGCAUGAAUCACAUUUGCAUCAUAAAAAUUAUAUCCACUGAUUGCUGUAAACUCAUUCAUAGCCCCAUAAUUGAUAUUCAGCUUAAUUUAUAAGAAAACAAAAAAC